AUGUUUAGCGCAACAACACCACCACAAAUGAGACCCACAGCAGCAUUAAGACAGGUUUUGAUUCGAGCCGGAGAAGGUAUUCCUACCGGUAUCACUGGUUUAUUCAAACACCCAAACCCAAGACCAGCACUUAUCACAUUGUACAAUAAUCAACUUGAGAUUCUCAACAAACAGUUCCCAAAGGAAUCGGUGUACAGACAAUCCGUAGAGGCACUUACGAAAAACAGAUUAAAGAUUGUUGAAGAAGAAGAAAUUACAGAAAAUAUUGAAAACAAAAUUGGUAAUGGUUUGAUUGAAGAGUUGGUGAUACAGGCUCACGAUGAAAUUCAGUUGAGCCGUGAGUUGGCUCGUUUAAAAUGUUGGGAAGAGUUGGAAGAAAAACCAUUAGAUGACCAGUGGGUCUACUUUGGCAAGAGGAUAUAA